ACGUGGCCGACAGUCUCCGGUGGUUACAGCUGCCGCAGACACCGUCGCGACGUCUCGUUCCCUCCACGUCGUUGCCGUUUGUCGUCGUUCCGGCCCGUUAGAAAAUUUCCCGGAAUCGUUCCUACGUCCCGACGCGCCGUCCAUUCCUAACCCUCGAACCGGAGGGGUGGCCCUCGCGCGAUUCUCGUUUCGCUCGGAGAGAGAGAGAGAGAGAGAGAGAGCGCGCGCGCGCGCGCGCGGCGUCGUCGUCAUGUCACUGAAACGAGGAUGUUUGUGACAUUACGAGCGUAAACUGGAGGGUAACAGUUCACGAGAAGCGAGGAGGAAGUGCAACGAUUAACACGCGUUCGAAAGUGAACUGUAUAACUGAUCGCGCAAACAAAUCCGCGGCUCGGCCGCGUGGCGAGCCGUGACAUUGGACUUUUCGUGCGGAAUCUGUUUACACGAGUGCCCCGUCGGCCCGAUCGCGAGUGCGACGCAAAAAUUGCCCCUCCGUGGGAUCCCCGCCGACCUUGACGGCCCGGUCCCAUCGAUCACCGUCGACAUCUGGAUCGAUCCAGAAUCGCACGAGUUCGUAAACAAUCGCGUCCAGUCGCUCGUCUUCGAUCAUCGGCGCUGUGGAUCUCGGCGAAGUGUCGCGAAGGAGGGAUAAAAAAUUAAAUCGUCGAUCUUCCAAAACGAUCGCUAAAAAGAGUAUUGUCUCGGCCGUGACGCGUGGAAUCCAGACCGUGGCAAGGUAAAAAUACCCGCGACCUGACCCAAGAUGCGUUAAAUAAUCAACGUUGCGAUACUGGAAGCACCGUGAGAGACAGGAGCAGGAGGGGUGGUGGGCGGGCUGGCGCCAAGGGGCUCGCCGAUCGAUUUGGGCUCUCGAAGAGGAUACACGUUUUGCAACGUAGGGAUCGUAGUUUUUGCGUUGCAGUCACGUGCCAAGAAGCGUAGUUUCUGCGUCGAGUGGUGGGGCACGUCGGAGCCGUAUCGAUAAGAGGAAAGAAGGGGGACAGAGCGUAGGGACUUUUCCUGGAGCGGUCGCUGGCGUCUCGACGUCCGUUGUGGGUGAAUCGAUUUCACCGUGCCGGCCACCCCCGUUGCAAUCACCCCCCGUUGCCGCAGUGCAAUGACCUCCAAACCGGGAAGGUCCUACAACGUGAGGUCUCCGCGAGUCGGAGGGCCCCUCUCGCAGUCGUUAGCGAUGAUUCCGCCAACGAUGCACGGCCACGAAUUCAAUCAACCCCUGUCGAGGGUGGUUAUGGUCCGUAAAACGGAUCAAAGGACUUUCAGCAAGGGCAGAAGGGGCGGCGAGCCUCUCCUGGAAACGGUUACCAGAGAAACCGUGGAGCUUUUCAACGGCGGGCGCGCUGAAAGGAAAUACACGUCCGAAACUAGAGACAUCGUUACGCCAAAGUCGAAUAGUAUGCCCUCGCUCAGCGUUAAUGGAACGAAAAAGAAGGUGGUCGGCUUUGUCGACCAGCUGUCGCCCGAAAGGUCUAGGACGGAUUCGGUGAGAUCGAAGUCCCCUUUGACGGCGUCACCAGCGUCUCCAGGGCCACUGUCGAAUUCCCUGCACGGCAGUUUUCACGGUAGUUUAGGAAGCGAUGGCAUGUCGUACAGCAGCGCCAGGUCGUCCUCGGCGUCGCCUGAUUCCGCAAGAUACUCCUCGACACCGAUAACAAAGACUGACACACGUAAACCGUCUGUGCGCAGAUUGGGCCCUCCGAAGGAAUUCAUCAACGUUUGCCUCGAAACGCACAAUUUCUACCGCUCGAGGCAUGGCGUGCCACCUCUGCGUCUCAGCAAACAGUUAUGUAAGACGAGUCAGGACUGGGCCAACAUACUGGCGACUAGGGGUAGGUUAGAGCACAGGGCGAACAUAGACUACGGUGAGAAUCUAUACUGCAUGUGGAGCUCCAACCCGAAGACCAUCGUCAGUGGCGAUGAGCCUGUGAACGAAUGGUAUGCCGAGGAAGCUCAACAUCAGUACGGAAAGGAGCCCACCACGUUGAAGACUGGCCACUUCACCCAAGUCGUGUGGAAAGACAGCACCGAGUUGGGCGUCGGAAUGGCGCGGAACCGAAACGGCGAAGUUUACGUGGUUUGUAACUACAAUCCAGCCGGAAACUUCCUCGGGAGCUUCACGGAGAACGUACUUCCGGCCGGUGGUUCGAGCCCCUCUAGAAAGAUCACCUUUUUACCGCGAUACGCGCUGGACGAACAGGGCUGGCAACAGGAAGCGUUGCUCGUGCACAACGAGUACAGGAGGAAACAUCGUGUUCCUGAUUUGAGGCUAAGCGCCGAUCUAACGGCUGCUGCCAAGGCGUGGGCGAACACGUUGCUGAACACGAACAAGCUGAUCCCGCAGUCGUCGUCCCCAUACGGUGAGAACAUCUACUCGAUGCAUUGUUCCGAUCCGAAAUUGAUCGUACCGGCGCGGGAGGUGGUCGCAAAGUGGUAUUCCGAAAAGAAGGACCACAAGUUCGGAACGGAGCCAAAGGUCUUGAAUACAUGUCACUUUACGCAAAUCGUCUGGAAGAACACCACCGAGAUGGGUAUAGCGAUAGCCAAAAGGGACGGAAGCUGCGUGGUGGUGGCGUGUUACCAUCCGAGGGGUAACAUCGUCGGUCAGUUCACGGAGAACGUGUUGAAGCCCGUGAAAAGCGCCUGUUAGUCUGCUAGCCGGACUCUGCGGCCUACACUUGUCGAUAAUGUAUUUAAACGCUGUAUUUAUAUAUCGUGCAUAGACGACAAUACGCAUAAUAUAUGUAUAUAACACAAUUGUGCAUACACGUAGAAUAAAAACAUUCCACGUACUACACGUAAUCGCAACACCUCGUCUCUUU